UGUUAUCAACUUUGUUAGUGUUUCGCAAACUUACAACAGUACUUCUUCCACAUCGUCGAAUUUCACAGCCCCACAACUCAGUGAUUUCAUGAGGCCAAAUCAAAGCCUACUAUGCAUCCAAAUCCGCAAACCAUCCGCAUUCUCCAGCACCUCCCUCCCAACCCUAACGUGCUCGAAAAGGGCCGCAGGCUUCUCCUGAACUGGAUCGCACCAUACCAACCUGUCGAGAACCCUGACUAGAGCGACGACCAGAGCGAGAUAGGAAAGGGAAUCCAGUGAACGUACGAGACGAGAACAGUCGAGAGGGAGAGGAGGAUCCGCAAUGAGAAGAUGGGUGUAGAUAUGCCAGACGUGAUGAGCAGUCAUGAAACAAAUACCUAUGACGACAAACAGCAUAGAUCAAAUGUAACUCAGAAAUUGGCUCAAUGGUAACAACCUGGGCUUCCCUCUUCCCUGCAACUUUGUGGAUGCUGAUCCGGCUCAUUAGCAUCAUCCACAAGUUUUGCGAAGUCAAAUGAGGUGGGAAUGUCAUGGCGGCCAGGAGGAGUCCAAGCAGGAGCAGAUAUAUGUGGGAAGAUCACUGAUGGGGCCACCAACUCCUUUCACCCUCAUGCCCAUGCCCGGCGUUCCGAUCACCCACACUCAGCAGCCUUACGUGACGGGUACGUCCGUGUUGGGACUCAUAUACGAAGGUGGAGUUCUCAUUGCUGCUGACACUGCAGGUUCUUAUGGGUCAACAACAAGGUUCAAAAGCGUGGAGCGCAUGAAGGCUGUGAGCAACAACACUCUGCUUGGAGCCAGUGGUGAAAUCAGUGACUUUCAAGCUAUCACUCAGCUUCUUGACAGACUCAUAGUAGCUGAUGCAAUGUGGGACGAUGGAAAUGAUCUGGGCCCAUUGGACAUCCACAAUUAUCUCACACGCGUUAUGUACAACCGCCGCAAUAAGUUUGACCCUUUGUGGAACACCCUAAUCCUCGGUGGCGUCAAAAACGGCGUUAAGCAUCUGGGAAGCGUGAGCAUGAUAGGAGUGCACUACGUGGAUAAUCACAUUGCAACAGGAUUUGGGAUCCACCUGGCACAACCCAUUUUCCGAGAGGAGUGGAAGGAGAACAUGACCCUGGAGGAGGGGACGAGGCUUCUAGAGAAAGCCUUGCUGGUCUUGUUCUACCGUGACCGUUCUGCUAUCAACAAAAUCCAGGUGGCGAACGUAACGGAGGAUGGUGUUCACAUUUCGCAGCCGUAUGCCUUAAAAUCAGAAUGGAACCUCGAGGCCUUCAAGAAUCCAACAGCUUCUGCUGCUGGGUCAUGGUGAUUUGAGCUCAGGCAUGCCUGGCAAGCUGAAGGUAGUUUUAGGUUGUAACCUAAAAUUCAAAUAUCUGUGUCUGUUUUAUUACCCACACAAACAAACCAACAUGUCAGUGCACAAUGGCUGUCCCACCAAUAGCUCAAGCAUAUAAUGAAAUGUGAAGAGUUUUAGAAAACUCAGAAGCAUUUGUAAACUCUGGAUUUGCAAAGCAAGUUGCAUACUGUCUACUGUUAAGUAACUGCAUUUGAAUAACUUCAUAUUAAUGUAGUCAAACUGUAACAUGAGUGUAUGAAUAAACUGUGAAGAUGUAAAACUGUAACAUGUAAUUACAUGGUUUAAGAAGUAAUCCUAUUAUGCACAUGUUUCAAAAACUCUA